CAAAAGAAAAAAGAAGAGAAGACUCAGAAGUCAGACUCGCCAUUUUUAAUUUUUUUAGCAUUUAGCAGUCAUCCAAAAUUUAAUAAAUCAUGACGGAUUUGGAUAGUUAUUCUUCGGGUUUAGAAAGUAAAGGAGGUGACAAAGAAUUACAAGAGUUUUUAAUGGUUGAAAAACAAAAGGCACAAUUUAAUGCACAAAUACACGAAUUUAAUGACUUCUGUUGGGAGAAAUGUGUGGAUAAACCAUCAAAUAAGUUGGAUAGUAAAACAGAGACAUGCUUAACAAAUUGUGUGGAUAGAUUUAUAGAUGUAUCCCUGUUAAUUACAAAUAGGUUUGCUCAAUUGUUGCAAAAAAGUGGAGGCAUGUAGUGACUUUUUGAACUUUAGUAGUAUGAAAUUUUUGUGAUGGAAUAGUGUUAUGU